AGACCUGAAGGCGGGAUAAAGACAGAGAAACACUGGAGACCCCCUUUUUUUGCAUUGGGAUACACCACCACAUGAUUCCUCACAAUCCCGGCUGGUAAUGAUGAUGAUGGUGGUGGUGGUGGUGAUGCACCACCGAGAAGAAGAGCAGAGCGGCGGAUUCCUGCAGCAGAGCCCGACACACUGCACCACAACCCGGCCACCCUGCUGCAGGAUUAGACCCUCCUCUGCAGCUCCAUCUCCAUCUCCAUCUCCAUACCGGAGCUUGACCCAAACAACCGGGUAACAGCCCACCUUUUGCAGGCUUUGCAUUCAUACACCACCCCCCACCCUCCAGUCUGUGUGUCUGGAGGAUGAUGAGAACCUUGCCUUGUUUGGAUGUGCAUGCAUUUUGAGAGCAACAAGACAACAAGAAGAAGAUGUUGGUGCGAUGCUACCGAGGCAAGCUGUCGGUGUGGGCCGCUCUGUCCGUGCUGGUGCUGCUCUGCUGGUACUACCUUUUCCCCGUCUACAGACUCCCACACGAUAAAGACAUAGUGGAAGAGGUGCUGAGGCAGGGGGAGGUAUGGAAGAAGAACCAGACGGGCAUCGAUUUGUACAGGAAGCUGCUGACAGAGUGCUGCGAUCCGCGGAGGAUGUUCGCGGUGACCAAGGAGAACUCGCCGAUGGGCAAGGUCCUGUGGUACGACGGCGAGUUCUACCACUCGCGCACCGUCAACAACGAGACCUACCCGCUCUUUGUGCAGGACAACCCGCUGCAGCUGCCCCUGAAGAAGUGUGCGGUGGUGGGCAACGGUGGCAUUCUCCGGCACAGCAAAUGCGGACGGGACAUCGACCAGUACGACUUCAUCCUGCGGUGCAACCUUCCACCGCUUUCUAAGGACUAUGUGGAGGACGUUGGAACCAGAACACACCUGGUUACAGCCAACCCCAGCAUCAUAGAGAAAAGAUUUCAGAACCUUCUGUGGUCCAGAAAAGCCUUUGUGGACAGUAUGAAGGUCUACGGCUCCAGCUACAUCUACAUGCCGGCGUUCUCUAUGAAGCCUGGCACCGACCCGUCGCUGCGGGCACACUAUGCCCUGGCCGACACCUCCUCCAACCUCACAAUGCUCUUCGCCAACCCGGAGUUCCUUGGCACCGUGGGGAAAUUCUGGAAAGCCCGCGGCGUGCACGCCAGACGCCUCUCCACAGGGCUCUUCCUAGUCAGCCUGGCCUUGGGGCUGUGCGAGGAAGUGACGGCCUACGGCUUCUGGCCGUUCUCCGUCGGCCUGGACGAGCAGCCGGUCAGCCACCACUACUACGACAACAUCCUGCCCUACAAGUGGUUCCACGCCAUGCCCGAGGAGUUCGUCCAGCUCUGGCACCUGCACAAAAGCGGCACGCUGCGCAUGAGAGUGGGACGCUGCCUCCCUCAGGAAGGACGGAGCUAGAGCUUCCUGAGGAGCGGAGUUCGGUGCAGGAAGCAGGAUGAAGACGUUUUUUGGGGUUUGUGAAGCGGCAGGAAGUGGUCGUCAUGACAAAAACGGGUGCGCACAUAUCCUCUUUGAGGAACCUCGGAACUGCAUCUGUGUCCAUACACACUCCUGCCCCAGCUAAUCCCUAAUUAUCAUGAGAAUGUCCUCCCACCCAGACCAGCAGGGACAGAAGACACACUGAGACACACAUUCCCAAAAACCUGCCAUAUCUCCUCCCCUCGUUUCUGUGUGUGUGCAUGGUUGUUUGUGGGAAGCCAAGGACUGAAAGUGUCUGGAAUUGGAUGGGUGGGGGGAUGUUUUUUGUGUUUUUUUUGUACGCUGACUACUGUAUCUGACUGACAUAUGGGGCAGCUGGACCAAACCCCCCCUGUGGCUCUUUGUCAAACAGACAGAAGGGAGUGGAGGACCAGGGGGAGUAAUAAAAGGCACUGAAAGAAACAAGAGAGAGAUAAUGGUAUCCUGGUACCUCGUAGCUUGAAUAGGAAAUUUAACAGAGGAAAAAAAAGACUGGCGUUGGCGAGAGGAGUGAAAGCUGGCUGGUAUGUGUAUGAAAGGAUUUUUUUUCUCGUUCUGCUUUUCUUCAACCCGAGCGCUUGAUUGGCAUUCUCUGGUGCCAAAUAGAGCUUUAGUUCAAAGCAGGAGCCAUUAGAAAUGGAGUCUUAAGUACCAUAUAGCCCCGAAUGUUUAGCCAAGUUGCAUUUGAUCCCUUCCAGUGAAAAGGGAAAACGACUACACCACGUGUGUCCACGUAUUGUUUUUUUUAUGUUCACGAAGAGAAGGGGGGCUAAAAGCAUUAUCGAAAUCAGAAAUGAACAUUUGUUGCAAACAAACCUCACACAGGUACCUCACGUUGACUUCAUCGCCGACCGGUACGAUUCACUCCAAGCAGACUCCUUAGUUUAAAAAAAAACAAAAAAACAAAACACCCUUCUUUUUAGAGGGGCAGUUACCGAGUCAUCUCUCCGUAUCUGUGCUUUACUUGCCAAGUGCCAAGCCAAGGGGAACAGUGGUCUCUUUGAUACCCGGUCCCGCACUGUCCUUGUGCUCUCUCAAAUGGCGAGACACUGAUAUAAAGAGAGGUAGCCACGGAAAAAAAAAGACUCGAGGACUUGAUGUCACAAAGUGGCAUUUUUAAUGGGUUUUUUUCUUUAGAUGCGGGGCAACUUUAUAUGGUAAAUUGUGAUUUAUUCAUGCGGUUGUUAUCGUUUUUGCAUCUGAGUACAGGAAGAAUUGAGCCUCUGUCCUGUGUUUCUUUUAUAAUUUUUUUGACGUUCUUUUUUUUUGUGCACAAAGGAAACUCGAUCAUGUAGAAGCCAACACAACAGACACGACGGUUGUUUUUUUUUGUUUUUAUUAUUAUUACUUUCAGGCCUUGCGGAUGGAAAACUUGAUUUCUUUCUUUUCGAGAAAAAUGUUAUUUAAGAUAAAUGUGACCGUGCCAUAUUGUCCAUAACGCAACAAAAGGAUGACUCUGCAUGGAAAGUGCAUGGAGUGAACCACAAUCCUUGACUCAAGGUACAGAUCAUGUCGAUAGUUUAGUGCUUUUUUUUUUUUAUUUUACUCCUUGUCUGUUCAACUGAAUAAGGUCCAGUGCCUUUUUGAGACGUAUUAAGGCAAAACGGAUCACUCAAACGAGGGGUAUUUCUAACGCUGACCGCGCUCUUGGCUCUGCGGGUCAAUCGAUAUGUGAUAGUGACCCGACAUUGUGUGAACUUAAGUUAAAGAGAGCUACAUACUGCUGGACCGUUGAUCAUUUCACGUCCAAAUGCACACGUGGCUCUCCGAGACUCGAACCCGGUGAACACUUUGACCAGUUACUUAUUGUGAUUUUUCUUAUUUGCACCUUUUUUUUUUUCUUUUUUUGUUCUCUCCUGCCCAGUAUUGUGAAUGACUGACAUGUGACAUAGUGUGAGUUUGAAGUAAGCAUGAUGAUUUUUAAAUGUGUAUGUGCUUUUGGUACACAGAUUUGUUUUUUUAUCUAUUUCCAUUACAUUCUGGUUCAUGCCCUCAUUCCAUCCUAUUUGUUGAGAUUUCUUAUCGAAAGGGAGAUGAAUCUUUUGUGUAAAUAUUGGUCUGUUAGUGUAAUGGCCAAUUAGUUUUAGACUUUUUCAAAAAAGCUACUUCUGGUCCAAAUAAACCGCAGUUGUUGCCAGAAGAAAACAUCUGAAUCUUUGACGCUCUGCUCUUCCCUGCUACAACCUGCGCAGCUUACGUCUGUGUGCAACUUGUAAGUCGAUAUUUAAAACACUGAAGUGACCAUCAUACAUUUUGCGUGGAAGAAAAUGUCAGAGCAAUGUCAUCACCAGCAUAUCAUCAGUGAUUUUUUUUCACAUUACAAUCACAGGUUUCGUAAUGAGUGGUUGGAAGGUGGUGUUCUCUACAGUUUCAUAAUCGUGCUUGUGUUUUAUCGCAUAUUGUCAGUAUCAAAUUUUAGAAAAAAUGUAUUGUUCAACAUUUCGGGAAAUGCACUUAUUUGCUUUCUUGCUGAGAGUUCAAUGAGAAGAUAGCACUCUGCAUCUGUAUGUUAAUUGUGUAGCUACAGCCAGUUAGCUUAUCUUAGCAGAAAGACUGGAAACAGGGGGAGACGUCUAGCCAAGCAGCACAUCUAAAGCUCACUAAUUAUCCAGCAAUUUGACUGGUAGCAGAUCAUUAGAUGAGCAUUAUCAGUGGUUAUAAGCCUCAUAGUUGUGGGUCAGUAGGGGCCUGCUACACCCUUAAGUAGGCUUUGUCAUCUAUCCACAUGGGCGAUCACCGAAAGAGGAAAUAAAAGAAAACGACAGAGACCUUUGUAAUUAUGGCAGAAGCGGAAGCAAAAUGCUGUAUUGCAGACAGCGUGACACUCUAUAUGGGGUGGAAGUUGGGGUUUCAUCAAGGAAACCAGGUUUUGCAUCUUGUGUGAAACCAACAUGUACUCGUCUUUGUGUUCACAAGCGUUAAGUUUCACUUUUGAAACGUAGUUAUUUUAAGCCAAAACAGGAUUUCCCCUAAACUUUACUUAAUGGUUUUGUUGCCUAAACCUAAAGAAGCUAUUUUUUUGUGUUCAAAACGUAACGUUUCAUGCAGUUUUACAAGGUGUAAGAAUGUGUUGUUUUUAAGUUUAGCUUUCAAUUUUACAACGCAGUAGGCCCCUACUGACCCACAUCUGAGGAUUAUAACACAUUUAAAGGCCUGAUAAGAGUUGAAUCGGGUCCAUUUACACGUUAUUAUCUCCUGUAUCAAAUCUGUGAGUUUUACUUGGAAUUUACAUUAAAAGUGAGAUGAAAGCAAAAAUUUACUUAAUGAAAAUAUUUUUAUGUAGGCUCCACGUCUAGUCUUAUUGAUUCGCUGAUUUUAUUUUGGGCGGGUUAGGGUUACAUUUAGGGAAUCUGCCUACAGUGAAACCCCCGAGCUCAUAGCCGUGAUGGGAGCCUUGAUCAAUCCUUACCGAUACCGUUAAGUCUAAGGUCCAAGUAUAUAUUUAGACAACCGAUAUCACGCCAAAGCAUGUAAUAAACCUGCGUGGAUGGCUUGCCAGUGUCACGUUUUGCCUCGCCAAGAAGUGAAUAAUACACACGUGUGUUAAGGUGCAGGACCAGCAGGGGGCAACAAAACCACUCGCUUAGGUUUAGGCAAUAAAAACACCUAGUUUGUUUUAGGAAAAACGUCAUGGUUGGCCUUAAAAUAAGUACGUUAACAAAGUACACUAGGUACGGAAACAACGUAAACUAAGUACACUAGGUACGGAAACAACGUAAACUAAGUAUAGUAUGUACGGAAACUAGGUAACAUAAGUACGGAAAACACGUCACAAAAAAAACACUAACAUAGCUUACUAAACAAAUUUCACGCUUUGUCCUUGUGCAUCAUCGCGUCAUUCACACGCCUUUUAAAGCGACAGGGCUGGUUCGGAACAUAUAAAGACAGAGCUGUUUCCCCCUGUUUCUUUGCUGCUCCUUCAUAUCUAGCAUACAGACAUGAAAAUCAUAAUGUCAGACCAUUUCUUUGAAGCUGCCAACGUGAACAUGAUGUCAGUGAGGGAAAAAAAGUGGAACAGGACAGAACGAAAUGGAGGCACGGCACAAACACAACGGCAGCACUGUCCAUUUUCUUGGACACAUUUAAGUGUAGCUGCAGGGUGACCAAUUCGGUUAGAGGUCUGGUAAUGGAAAGGUCACGUGUAGCAGCCAUGUUAUGGGCCACAGUGUCCUCAAGCAAGACACUGAUCUCUAUCGUGAUUUAGUGAUAUGAAACCUGCCAUUGUGUUGGUGUCAAAAAGAUUAGUUCUGUAGCCUUCUUUCACGUCAUGAUGAGAAUAUCUUUUACUGUUUGGUGGGAAAACAGCGUUUGAGUGCGAGGACAACCUCAAUAUAAAGUGGGUCAAAUGGUAAAUUCAAAAACAUUUUGGUUUUAAUCUGAUGAAACUAAUGAAUGUUCAGACAGGAAAAAAAAGCAGACAAUUUCCGUUGGGGUGAUUCUGUAAAACAAGACUGUUUUGACUCAUUUUUUUGAUCAGUAUCGGUCCAGAGGGCUCAACUUUCUUACAUGUUUAAAUAUUUGAUGUUAUGCCAUGCUUGGUUCUUUUAAACAACAGAUGUAAAUGUGCUUUAUUUGCCUUGACUGACUGAAUUUGUUACAUAAAAAAAGAAAAAACUUCUUGAAGGCAUUGCUGUUUGCGCCACCCCGACUGUCACCUCCGCUGCUCAUACGUGCCAUCUGAUGUGAGCAAACCCCGCCUGAGCAUGUUAAAAAAUAAAUGCGAACUGCAGUUCAAAAUGGACUUAACCAACUGCAUGUGCCACCUGGGUUAAACUGUGAAAGAUAAAUAAGAAAAAACAAGUGAAAACAACCAUAUCCAUAUACAAAGCAAACACUGGUAUCCAAUAAAAGAAGGAAAAAUU